UGUACAUUAACAAUGUCAUUUCAAUCUCCGUUUAACACAACGGUGGAAUCGACCCUUAAACGACUGGGUAGGUAUAUUAGAAUGCUCGGAAAAAUUUGUUAAGGACAUACAAGAUAUAUUGGUUCUAAAUAUUCUUUGCCUGAGUAAUGGGACUGCGAUAAAACAUUCUGGAUAAUAGAAGAUAUUAUUGAAGUACCUCUAUAGGACAAGAAUUAAAAAGGACAGAUCGGAGUUGGUCGAGGGGAGUAAGAUGUUUUUAAUUAAGACGAAUUUUUGAAGCUUUAAAAUACAUAAAUACUGCGAUUUUAGUGUCCCUGCACUAUCAGAUUUCGCCACUGCUGAUUUCGCUUGUGUACUUUCCAUUGAAAAGUAUAUAUCCCUGGUUAAAUGGUCUUACGGACGGAAUCCAUAAAAAAGAAGAUGAGAAGAAGAGACAAGAAAUUACAUAACCUCAUUUUUUAAAUAAAUUUUAUUUUAGAACUUUGCUAUUUACAACUUAUUACAGUUUGAAUAAUAAUUUAUCAAAAAUGACUAACAUGGUGUUACCAGCAGCCACAAAAGUACAUAUGUUAAUAGGGCAAUGUGUCCCCUGCAUUAAACAGGGAGCUUCAAAAUUCAAAAUUAAGAGACUGGAACUGGAUUCAAAUUUGAAUAUGUUUUUUCCUAAACACGAAGUUGUUUAUGCUCAUGACCCAGAAAAGAUAUGCAAAACUGGCGACUAUGUUAUAAUAGAAAAAUUACCGGAAAAACUAACUCGUCUUAUUACGCAUAAGGUUAAAGAAGUCUUGUACCCCUUGGGAGACGUAACAGAUCCUAUCACCGGAAAAAAAGUAGUUGUUGGUAGUUUUAGAGACCAUAUAGAAAACGUUAGUAAAGCCUAUGGAGAGAAAAAGACAGCCUUUAAAUAUGAAAAGGCUCCAAAGAGAGGUUGGCAGGAAAACAAGAAAGAUUUUACUCAUGUGGAGACAUACAUAAAGUACCAUGAAGAUGGAUCAAAUGAUCCUACAGCUGUAUAGAACAAUUUUGAACAUACAUGUAUCGCUCUUUAAAUUUAGUUUCGUAGAUUUAAUAAAAAAUUGCUUUAUUGUUUAAAAUGUAUUUGUUUGUCUUUGGUAGAGCUUGCCUGAUUUUAGCGAAGGAUUUUAAAAAUUGUAAAUAACAUAAAAAGUAAAUGGCAAAGUUAUGUUCUUUUGAUUAUUUUCUUUAUAAUGUCGUUUAUCAACAAUUUGUCUUAGGCAAGUUCUUUUUAUUUCAAGAGGUGAUAAGUAUAUUAUGUGAGUUAAAAAAAUAGAUUCCUUUCUCAUAUGGGUAUUGUUUUGUUGAGUGAAAACCUUUAAUAUGAGCAUUAUUAUGUGUAACAGGCCUGCACAACAUGCGGCCCGCCAUUGUCGUUUUCUUGGUCCUUUGUUCAUUAACCAGUUUGACCUGCCUAUGUCAAACUAUAUAUUUGUCAGUAACAAAAUUGCUUUUAGGUAUUAAUUGCCUUUUUUAGAAUCAGAGCAGAACACCUCGACCUGCUUUAUAAAUUUAUAAGCUCAGGACUCUCUUGGCCCUUGUACACUUACGGUUUUUGAACUGGCCCUUUGAAAAUCUCAGUUGUGCAGGCCUGAUGUAUAAGGUGCCUCAAGUUAUCAUUUACAGGCAAUAUUUGAAGUAAUAUAAAAAAAUAAUUUUCAAUUGUAUAAUGACCUUUUCAAAACUUCAUUUACUUUGAUGAAUAAAGAAGUGAGAGAAGCAGGCCAAUGAAACAAUUAUAAAACAGGGCAUUUAUACAGGAUGUCCUAUUAAAAAUGUGACACAGAACAACUGAAGAUUUAAAAUAAGUUGAUUAAAUAAAAUAUUCGUUUCCAAAAUACAGGG